AUGCAGACUGCCAGGCAGAGGAAGGCCGAUAUACUGAUCUUCAGUGAGCAGUAUAGAAAGCCACAAUUCUCUGUCUGGUUUCAGGACGCAUCGGGGAGGUCCGGGAUACAAGUUUGCAACCCGGACAUCGCUGUCAGCGAUUUCCUCGAGACGGAUAGGGGCUUCGUUUGGGUGGAGGUGGCGGGUGUUCGAAUUUACAGCUGCUACUUCUCCCCAAACGAUCCCCUUAAGAAGUUCGACGCCGAGAUUCGCUCUCUUGAGGAAAGCAUAAAAGCUUUCGGCGGGGAUGUCCUCAUUGCGGGAGAUUUCAAUAGUAAGUCGCCGGAAUGGGGGGAGACCCGCCAGGACAGGAGAGGAAUCUUGGUCACCGAUAUGGUCUCGGCGAAUGACCUGGUGGUGAUGAACCGGGGCAAACAGCUCACUUGUAGGCGAGGAGCGUCAGGGUCAAUUCUUGACCUGACAUUUGCAUCUCCUCGCCUGGCCCGCAGAAUCAGAAAUUGGAAGGUAUUGGAUCAGGUGACCAUGAGCGACCACCAGUACAUAGAGUUUUUAGUCUCCGAGGAAGAGCCGGGAGGGUGCAAUCGUCCACAAAAGGGAAAAAAGAAACCCUCCUGGAACCUCAGGAAAACAAACAAAAGCUAG